AUGUAUCAUCGCGAGUUUGUAAUCAUCUGUUUGGUAGUAGUUCUUGGUGGACUUUUGCUUUUUCAAACAUGUCAAUCGAGUCCGCUGGAUGAUUAUGUACAUGCACCUGAUCCAUACAUGAAUUGGACGGUACUUAAAACAUACGACAUGCCUGAUUAUAUUUUGUAUAUUUUAAAUUUUACCUCGCAAAAAUGGCUCGAUGGUCAGUACAUUUGGCUUAUACAGUUGCUACUCAUUGUCCUAUUUUCAGAAACAUUCUCAAAUCGACCUAUUUGGUCACAUUACUUGUGUAUCAGUGUUCCAAAUAAACUCACCCGCCCAAAAAGUGCUUUUAUGUUCAUCGAUGGCGGUCAUUUCUACGACGGACUUCCAAAACCAGAGGACAAUUUUGUCGCACUGACAUCUAUGUUUGCUGUAAGUAGUGGAAGUAUCGGUGUCGACCUACAAGAUAUCGCUAAUCAACCCAUUCGGUUCAAUGCUGACUUAAGUAACAAAAGCCGUAGUGAAGAUUCGCUUCUCGGAUGGACAUGGAAAGCCUAUUUGGAGAAUCAAAGCAAUCCCAAUGUGCUUCUACACAUGCCUGUAACAAAAGCGUGUGUUCGUGCUAUGGAUGCUGUCCAACAAUUUCUAAGUCAACUAAAAGUUGCUGUACCCGAAAGCUUCAUUAUUGGAGGUGCAUCAAAGCAUGGUUGGGCAACUUGGACAACCGCUGCCGUCGAUCAUCAACGUGUCAUUGCAGCUGUCCCCAUCGUAAUGAACACAAUCAAUUUUCAAAUGAGUUUACACCAUCACUAUCGAUCACUCGUUGGUUGGACAUUUGCAUUUCAAGAUUACUAUGAUUUGGGUAUUACUCAUUACGUAGACAGCACUAAUUUGGCGAAGAUGUCACAAAUUAUUGAUCCUUAUAAUUACUUUGAUCGAUUUGCAAAUAAGAAAUUGCUUUUGUUACAAACAGCAGGCGAUGAAUUUUUUCUACUCGAUGGUGAAUAUAUCUUCUGGAGCGCUCUUCAGGAUGCCACAAAUCAUUCUUCGUUCCUUAGACGAUUACCAAAUGCAGAGCAUUCAUGUGCUGGCCAUGAGAUUAGUCUCUUUUUGACUAUGCGAAGUUUCUACUUGAGUGUGUAUGAUGAUAAACCACUUCCAUCAUUCAAAUGGACGAAGAAUAUGAACAAUACACAUGGCUACAUUCGUGCUACAGUGGAUUUCAGUGUUGGUCCGAAACCCAUGAGUGCCAUCGGUUAUCGAGCACGUACGCUGAAUGCUGACCGACGCGACUUUCGACUUCUCAUCGCUAAUCCUAAUGACACAAGAAAAGCAAUUGUUAAUCCGGUACUUUGGUUGACUACAUCACUUGNACUAAUAAUAGUUUUAAUGACAAUGAGUACGCAAAAUACCUGA